ACGCGCUCAGAGCGAGAGAGAGAGAGAGAGAGACAGACGGUGCGCUGUGGUCACAUGAUGUACUAUAACGUUAAAGCACAGAGACGUAAGGCUGUUCGGUUUAAUUAUUAAUUUCCGUGACUGUAACUGCGGGAUUCUUUUCAUGCAAGGUGCGAAUUAAAGAUCAUUUUGGAGAAGAGAGAGGGAGACGGAGAGAGAGAGAGAGAGAGAGAGCAGUUCUGCAGUCCAGCCAUCUUUCUCACACUCAUCCAUCAUGCCUUUACUCCGGACAUUUUCGAAGCUGCGAGGGUCUGUGCAGUCGGUGUCUCUGGCCUGGGCAUGUGCACCCUUGGUGGUUAGAAGCAAAAGAUGGCAACACACGGCACCUAAGGAUACUUGUACCUGGCAGAUGCUCGACGACUGCUUCGAGCUCCGUUACGGCGGCCUCGUGAUGCACUUCAACUACGUGUGGCUGAGGGAUCACUGCCGCUCGACUUCGUGCUACAACUCCAAAACCAACCAGCGCAACCUAGACACCGGCAGCAUCGACCUCGACAUCCGGCCCACAAAGACCCGCGUGGACGAGGAGACUCUUUUCCUCACGUGGCCUGAUGGUCACAAUACACGCUACAACCUGGACUGGCUGGCAAAGACCAGCUACGAGGGCCAGACCCUGAGUGCCAUACAACCACGCAUCCUGUGGAACUCAGAGAUUUACGGCAGCGCCAAGGUUCCUUCUGUCAGCUGGGAGAAUUUCAUGAGCUCCGAUGAAGAGGUGAAGAUGUUUCUGAACAACUUCUUAUUGUACGGCAUCGCGUUCGUAGAGGACGUUCCGGCCACGAUCGAUGCAACUGAAACGGUGACCAAAAGAGUUAGCAUUAUCAGAGAGACGAUGUACGGCCGAAUGUGGAGUUUCACCUCGGAUUUUUCCCGUGGCGACACCGCGUACACGAAGCUGGCCCUGGACCGCCACACGGAUACGUCUUACUUCCAAGAGCCUUCUGGGAUUCAGGUGUUCCACUGCCUGAGACACGAGGGGACAGGAGGCAGGACGCUGUUAGUGGACGGCUUUUACUCAGCGAACAAAGUGCUCGAGCAGUCUCCUGAAAACUUUGAGCUUCUCUCACGUGUCCCCAUCAAACACGAGUUCAUCGAGAACCUCGGCACCCAUCAGAACCACAUGAUCGGCAUCGGGCCGGUUCUCAGCGUCUACCCCUGGAACAACGAGGUCUACAUGAUAAGGUAUAACAACUACGACCGUGCUGUGAUCAACACGGUUCCACACGACAUGGUUCGGCGCUGGUACGCGGCUCACAGACAGCUCACUGACGAGCUCAGGAAACCCGAGAACGAGCUGUGGGUCAAACUCAAACCGGGCAAGGUUCUCUUCAUCGAUAACUGGCGAGUGCUGCACGGGAGAGAAUCCUUCACAGGACUUCGUCAGCUCUGCGGCUGCUAUUUGACCAGAGACGACGUUCUCAACACAGCGCGCUCGCUGGGCCUUCAGGCGUGAUCGUCAACCGAACAGCACUCCAACACCAAACACCAAAAAACAAGCUUUAACAGACUAGACUGAGAAAAACCGAGAACUGCUGAAAUCUGUCAAUCUCAGUCAUUCUCGUGGUUCUAUCAGCCUUAUUAAAGGUACUUUAGGAGAAACACACAGGGAAGCGAGCCUGGGUAAUAAAUACAAGGAAGAGAAAUUCUAGCACUUUGACAUUGAUGAAGAUGAUGAUGAUGAUAUUUGGUGGUUAUGCAUUUAAAUAAAAAUGUAAAUGCUUUAUUUUUUUUAUGUAGAAAGGGAUUUACCGGCACACCAUGGUUCAUUUUCAUGUCUUUUUUUUAAGAUUAACAUAGAAACCCAAAAAUAUUAUUAUUAAUUAUAAUAUAAUUAAGAUUUUAGUAUUAAAUGUCAUUGCAUUAAUAAACUAACAUCGAAUUACAGUGAUUAAGAUGUUAUAGGAGCUAUUAUGUUUCAGUUGCAGUACCUAUAUUAAUGAGAAGCAUUUUAUUUGGCAUUAAUCAAACCCGUUCCAGUGUACACAGUGUUAUAUAUUGUUCUCCCAUUGAAUUUACGCUUUACAGUCAGUGCACAAGAGUUCACACUGAACUUUCAUUUCAGUGUCUUUGGUUCUCUUAAUAAACUAAAUAAAGAACACAAAAAAAAAAGCUAAAUUGUAGAUGUUUCACCCACUCACAGCUUCUGCUUGUCUGAGGAUCCUGAGAUGAUGAAUGAAUGAAUGAAUGAAUGAAUGAGUACUUUAUCAUUCAGAAACAUUACAAUAGUAUUGCACAUUCAGAUCGAAAUUACAUUGACUGAUAAAAGGGGCAAAAGGUAAUAAGAAUUUAUUGCACAGUAAUUAGGUUACAAAAAUAUAUAUAAAUAAAUAAAUUACAGGCUGAUUAAAAGAUAUAUUGUACAUCUAAUAACAAUAUGUUGCGGAAUAAUGAGUAAGUAAAAUAUAUAUAAAGUUACCCAACAGCAAUGAGAAAAACUGUUGCAGAGUCAAAACGCAUGUAAUUGAUAAUUCCAAAUACCACCAAAUACUGAUUUCUUAAUGUUAUUUAGCCAAAGCAUUAACACAAUUUGUUUACCAAUGAUUUGCAUUUUGUUUUAUUUGAGUUAUUAAAGCUCUGCAAAUACUGCAUGAUCU